UAGCAUUAUAAAGACCACAUAGAAAUGAGAUCAGACGGAAUAACCAUUUUAUUUAUAUCCUGUUUUCUGGGAACUGGUUUCACUAGUCUAAGGCGCUCUAAGGGAACCAUUCUAGAUUUGGAUGAUUACUUCGAAUSACAUGAUUUUGAUUCACAAGAGCGAGUAGUUGGCGGUGCCGCAGUACCUGAGGGCGAGUACAUCCCUUAUCAGGUAUCCAUGCAAUAUAGGACACGAAGUGGCAAAGAUAGACACUUCUGUGGUGGAUCCAUAAUUGCUGCCAAUCGCAUUCUAACGGCAGCUCAUUGUGUCAAUGGUCAGGAUGCAAAGCGAAUCUCAGUUGUGGCRGGAAUACGUGACCUUAACGAUAGCUCUGGAAUUCGAUCACAGGUGUUGUCCUACGAAAUCCAUGAGAACUAUGUGGAGUUGGUUACUAGUGAUAUAGCCAUCUUAAAAAUCGAGCCACCAUUUGAGUUGGAUGGCGCUAAAGUAAAACAGGUGGAUGUGAGUGGAAGUGACAAAGUCGGUGGUGGUCAGGCUGUAACGCUCUCUGGAUGGGGUGCUAUGUGGCAUGUGGGCCAAGGUCCAUUGGCCAUAUACCCGACAUUGUUGCAACGGAUGUCCUACAAAACAAUCACCAACGAGCAAUGCAAACAAGUUAUGACACAGUUGACCGACACGGAGAUAUGCGCAUUGGAGCGCUUCGGCAAAGGAGCUUGUAAUGGUGAUUCCGGUGGUCCCCUGGUAAUGGAUAAUGGUGGAAACUUGAAACAGGUUGGAGUCGUUUCCUAUGGCACUGCAUUAUGUGCGUCCAAUAAUCCCGAUGUUUACACCCGCGUAUCCAUGUUCGACGGCUGGGUCAAAGCGCGCUUAUCUUAAGAGAAAAUAACCCAUGUACAUACCUACAUAUUAAAGAAAGGAACAAUUAAGGAAGAGCUAAAUUCGGGUGCAACCGAACAUUUAUACUCUUACAAGAAUCAAACCCAGGGAAAUACCUUAAGGAGUUAAAUGUCAACCAGAGUAUCCAAGCAAUUUUAUAUGUUCAUAUUMAUAUAUAACUCGACAUAUUCGACACAUGGUUCCCUAAAAAAACGAAAAUCAUUAUUAUACAUAUGAAUGUAGUAUAAGUGAGUUGGCGUAGUUUCRACCCGAUUUUAUCUAUUUUUCCCAAUAUUGUAGGUAUAUGGGAGCUUGGCUCGACACAACCCAUUUUCGACUGUAUUUACUCUGUAUGUAUUGUACUCUGCAGCAACAGGUUGCAGGAGUAUGAAAACUCUCUAACUCUUUAAUUUAUAACGCACAAUUUUGGAUAUAUUUAGAUGCAUAUCUGUAAGGGUAUUUUUGUCAUCUUGGAAUAGCUACUAAUUUCCCUACGGGGUGAAUCUAGCUAUUCAAAUGUAUCUCUGUAUGGACAGUUUCAA